AUGUACCCAGAGGGAUCACAGUCCACGCGCACCGUCUAUUCAACACACACAGACGAGACAGAGGCACGGCUCCUGCCCGCUUCUUCGCCCGCUACGCCCUACCUCGGCACUCCCCGAUCCUCCAUGGUCCUCACCGCACCCUUCAUGCACGGGCCCGCAGCCUCGUCCUCUGCCGGCCUGGGUACCGCUAGCAUGUCUUCUUACACAGACGAUCUCCCCGUAUCAAAGCAGGCGACGCUCAACAAGUACGCAUUACCAGCAGACCCAAGAGCGUGGGCAUCAUUCUCCGGCCCUGAACCGGACGACUACCUCCAUGAUCCGGAGCGCAACUUGAACGACAACGGAGACUUUGUAUCAUGGAGAGGACUGGCAAACGUCGGCUGUAUCACCAUCCUCGUCGUCGGCAUAUUGACACUAUUCGCCGGCUACCCCAUCAUCUCACACUAUGUUGACAACGACGACCACGUCUUGACGUCCUCGGCUAACAGUUUGAACUUGGUGACAAAUUCGACGGGUCAACUACCGAGUAUGAAGGGCAAGUGGACGAUGAUCGACAACGACACGCCGCAAGAUGCCUACACCCUUGACUCGUACACCGAGUCGGGCAAGCAGCUUCAGCUGGUUUUUUCCGACGAGUUCAACGCGGACGGGAGAACGUUCUAUCCAGGCGACGAUCCCUUCUGGGAAGCUUUGGAUUUACAUUAUUGGCAGACGGUGGACUUGGAGUGGUACGACCCUGCGGCGAUCACCACGGUCGAUGGUGCGCUCGAGAUCACGUUCGAGAGCAAACAGACGCACGAUCUCAACUACCAGGGCGGCAUGAUGACAACGUGGAAUAAUUUCUGUUUCACCGGCGGUAUCGUGCAAGCGGCUGUCAUGCUCCCCGGCUCCCCGAACAUCAAGGGAUACUGGCCUGCCGUGUGGACAAUGGGAAAUCUUGGGCGUGUCGGCUAUGGUGCAACGACGGACGGUUUAUGGCCAUACACCUAUGAUUCUUGCGACUACGGAACUGUCAAGAACCAGACGAUUGGCGACGAACCCGCAGGCGCACUUGUCCCCGGCUUGGGCGACCCGUACAACAACGACGCAUUCAGCUAUUUGCCUGGCCAGCGCCUCUCGCGGUGUACAUGUUCCGGGGACCAUCCUGGCCCUAAGCACGAUGAUGGCUCUUACGUCGGGCGUAGUGCCCCUGAAAUUGACUUGUUCGAGGCCACAGCGGGCGAUACCGGCGGAAACGUCUCGCAGAGUUUGCAGGCUGCGCCGUUCAACCAGGGCUACUACUUCUGGAACAACACCGACGUCCCGGGCGCGGUCAAGGUCUACGACGACUCCCUCACCUCCAUCAACUCGUACCAUGGUGGUGCCUACCAGGAGGCCAUCUCUGCGCUCAGCAUCAACAACCAGACGUGCUACGAGCUCGCCGACAAGUGCUUCAGUAUCAUGGCAAUUGAAUAUGUGCCCGGCACUGAUGACGACUCCUACGUUACAUGGGUGAACAACAACAAGGCAACGUGGACCCUUACCAGCAAGGCUCUCGCGAAGGACGACCGCGUUGGCAUCGGUGCCAAGCCCGUCCCGACAGAGCCCAUGUAUCUCAUCAUCAACUUGGGCAUGUCGCCGUCGUUUCAGGAGCCGUCUGCGGACUUGCCGAUCCCAGGCAAAAUGCGAGUAGACUGGAUCCGAGUGUACCAGGACCCGGAUAACUUGAACACCGGCUGCGACCCGAAGGACAGGCCGACAAUGGAUUAUAUCAAGAGGUACAACGAGGCGUACACAAACCCGAAUCACACACUUUGGAGCGAUAUCGGGGAGUCGUUCCCUGGUAACUCGUUUGCUGGGGACUGCUAA